ACAAUUUCCCCCUGUAUAUUUUGUUUGGACAUUAACGCAUCUGGGUUUUGUUAGCCUACAAAAUAUUUCAUUACUUGAAGCAAGGUAGCACUGUGGAAAACAUGGACACUACGACGAUUCAACAAACACCUGUCUCAACAUCGGAAAUGGCCACUACUGUUUCCUGUUAUUGGAAUCUUCCCAUAAUGGAAUGGGUGAAAAUAGUCAUUCUUACUCUGGGAUUUAUCGGGAAUGGAUUGGCUUUUCUGGUCAUCGUUCUAAACAAAACUCUACACAGCCAUUCGUUUGCUAUAAUUGGCGCGAUUGCUCUCUCGGAUUGCAUCUAUUGCCUGGGUGGAGUUCUAUGGGGUUUUCUUGUUUACGGAUUUAUGGAUCCCAUGAAUUAUCGCAACUUACUCAACUGUCUUGGAGAUUUUUUCAAUAUACAUGUAAAAACUGUCAUGUCUGGAACGAUAUCAGCGGCCUACAUUGCUUCCGGUUUCUUCAUUGCAACGUUGUCAGUGUUCCGAUAUAUUAUAGUUUGUUGCAAUGCCAGAACAAAGAAGAUCCUCAAAAAGAAAUCGGUUGUCUUUAUCAUCAUUUCUGUUGCAGUAUCUUCCAUCAUUUUUGCAGUUCUGAAAACCAUUUACUCGGGAAGAUUCAACAAGGUUCUUGAUAUCACCAUCUCUUACCUUCUUCCACUUGUCAUCAUGAUAGUAUUUCUCGCUCUAAAAAUCAUUAAAAUGACGAAAAGAAGAGACCUUCAAUUAUUCAAUUCGACUUCAAUUCGCAACAUGGAGUUUAUUUGCCUAGCAAUAAUUUUAACUUUCUUUGUUCUGCUUCUUCCAUGGCACGUCUUGGCACUUUUGUACGAGUUUGAUGUUUAUCAACCGGAAUAUAUUGCAGUGACAACAAGCGCUUUUCUAUUGCAGCUGAACAAUUGCAUCAACCCAGUUUUUUAUGCCUUUUUGUCGCCUAGAGUGCGGAAGGUCAUGGCGUCAUGUCUUUGUCGAGUAAAUCAAAAUACUGAUACUCGGAAACAAUUAAAUUGCUCUACUCCUACAGAGUGUAGCAACCUGUGACUACUCAUCAGUAUAAGAAGUUGUUUGUGCAGUUAUUAUAGAAUAAUUCAUGUUUAAUUCUUUGUAUCUAUUGAAAUCAUAUACAUUUUGUACGCAUGGAAUAAGACAAUUUUGUAAUGUAUAUGUACAUGUAUUUCGUUCAUUGUAAAUAUAUAAUAGCUUUUCAAACGUUAUGUUUUUCCUUUCUUCGGAGUGGUGAAAAUUUAUUAAAAGGCUAUUUCUAGUAAAGUACUAAUU